AUGACGAGAUGGACUAGGGAAGGGACAUCAUGUGUGGAGUCAGCGAGAGUCAGGGAGGAGGGCGAGGAUCAGAGUCUGGGAUUUGUGGACAGGAGGAAACAGGUUAGGAGAAUCGUGACCACUGGCCAACUGUCAUUGUGUUCUGAGGAACAGAGUCCUGGCAUCACCAGGUCCUCAACUGGGGUGAUGGUGGAUGGGGAGAUCUCGGGGCUGUGGUUUCUUCACUUAGAAACAAGGGUGGAGGCCAGCCCCCAGCCUCCAUCUGCCAGCCCAAAGAAGAAGAGGGACUUGUCAUCAGAUUCUGAGGAUGACCUGGCAGAGCUUUGGGACCCUGAACCUGAGCCUGUGUGGUCAGUGGAGACACUGUGUGGGCUCAGGAUGAAGCUAAAAAGGCAGCGUGUGUCUACAGUGAGGCCUGAACACCACAAAGUCUUCGCCAGGCUGCUGGAGGAUCCUGUGGUGAGAAAAUUCCUGGCCUGGGACAAGAUGCUGAGAGUGUCUGAUAAGUACCUCCUGUCUAUGGUCAUAGCUUAUUUCAGCCGUGCAGGGCUCUUCUCCUGGCAGUUUAGGCCAAUCCACUUCUUCCUGGCUCUGUACCUGGCCAAUGACAUGGAGGAGGACAACCAGGCCCCUAAACAAGACAUUUUUUACUUCCUCUAUGGGAAGAGCUAUGCCCAGCGCCCCAUGUUCCACAAACUGCGGUUCCAGCUCAUUCGGUCCAUGGGCUGGAGGAUCUGGGUGUCCCGGGAGGAGUGUGAAGAGAUCCAAGCUUACAACUCAGAGCUGUGGGUAUGGGCACAGGAUCGCACCAACCUAACUUGGAACCCUAGAGCCAUGGAGGCCUAA